UUACUAUAGGCAAUAAUGGACCAAGCAGCCUUUCCUACUCGAAGUGGUGCUAUUGCAAAUGACGGGUCAAACUUCAACAAACCCAAUGAAUGCUUAGCCCCUGAAACCAAAGGUGGAUUUAAAGACGGGUUUGAAGGUGCGUCAACAAGUCCUGAAGACCCAGUUCCUUUCGCAGACAAUGUUAUGAAGACUGAUGUUGGGCCAAGAGAAACAAGUUCACAUCUUGAUGAGAUUUCCCAGAAAGAAGAACUUGGAGCAGGUCCUGGUCCAGGUGGUGAUACAUCAGAGUGCACAGAAAGCAAGAUGGAUUCCAGUCAUGAACCCAUUGGCAUUGAUGCUGUGAUGACAGAAAUUGAAAGAGAAGUCAAGAUGGAAUGCAUGCAAUGGACUCCUAUUUUUGUGGAAAGUGAGCAGUUUGAGCUCCUAAGCUCUAAUCACGUUGACAAGCUGCUUCGGGAUGCGCACGCCUUGGAAGAGAAUCUGAUCGAGCAGAAAGAAAGAUUGUUAUCCCAUCUGAAGCUUCUAUCCCAGACCCUCAAACUGAACGUACCAUAACCACA